AUGAUACCCAUCACCAUCAUCACAGGCUUCCUAGGCUCGGGUAAAACAACACUCAUCCUGAACUUGAUUCCUCAACUCCCUAAAACUUACAAACUUGCGCUCCUGAAAAACGAAUACGGUGACAUCAAAGUCGACACAGCACUCGCCUCCUCGGCUGCUAUAUCUGGUGUACAAGAACUUCUCAACGGAUGCAUAUGCUGCAACCUCGUCGGGCAGCUUUCCGACGCCCUUGAAACACUUGCCAACGAUGUAAAACCCGACCGCAUCGUCAUCGAGACCUCAGGCUCUGCGUUUCCUGCAACAUUGGCCAUGGAGGUCAAUAGGCUGAGCAGGGAGACGGGGAAAUAUGUCUUGGAUGGUGUCAUGAGCGUCAUUGAUGUAGAGAAUUGGAAGGGUUACGAGGAUACGAGUUACACAGCCAAGAUGCAGGCAAGGUACACAGACCUUAUCGUACUCAACAAGCAUGAACUGGUCAGCGAACGAAGGUUGGAGGACGUGGAAGAUGCAGUGCUAGCGCUCGAGGUUGAGCCACAAAUACCUAGGACAAAGAGCAGGAAAGGGUGGGUGGACAAGGAUAUCGUCUUUGGGCUGGAUGCCCGGUUGGCGGGAGUCAAAGAGGAAGAUGGAAGCGCGCAUGCACACGAUCAUGGCCAUGAUCAUGACCACUCCAGCGAGGUCGAAGUGCUCACUGUUACGCUAAAGAGCCAGGAUAGGCAGAGCAGCGUGGACAUGGCGAAACUCGCCAAAUUCCUGGAGGAUCCAACCAAAGACGAAGUAUACCGCAUCAAAGGCAUCAUGUACACUUCUACUCCACCAAAGUCUUCAGAUGCUGAAGCAGAUGUACAUCAAAAGAUACCAGAGGGAAGAGCAAGAUAUAUUUUGAACUGGGCGUUCGGACGUUGGACCUUUACGGCUGUGCCAUUGCCAGCCAGCGAAAGCUCCAUUGACGACGAGCCCGCACUAAGAUUGACAGUAAUCACUGCGAGAUAUGAGUCAACUAAGUGGAAGAAACAAAUCGAAUCAAGUGGGCUGAUCGCAUUACAAGGCGGUGUCGAGGAUUCGUUGAGAGUGGAAAGGAUAGCCUGA